CGGGCGGGGCGAGAUGGGACCGGCUCUGUACGGCGACGGCGGCGGCGGCGGCGGCGGCAGUGGCCGGCGAGGUGGCUGAGGCGGCCGGACCAGGACCCGGGCGGCUUCGGGGCUCUCGGGAAUCCGAGAGCGCGCGGCGCGGGCAGUUCUCUGUGCGCCCUGCGGGGAGCCGGGGCCCCAGGCCGACCCGACACGAUGAACUACCUGAACGUGCUGGCCAAAGCCCUCUACGACAAUGUGGCCGAGUCCCCAGAUGAGCUCUCCUUCCGCAAGGGCGACAUCAUGACGGUGCUGGAGCGGGACACGCAGGGCCUAGAUGGCUGGUGGCUCUGCUCGCUGCACGGGCGCCAAGGCAUCGUGCCCGGGAACCGCCUCAAGAUCCUCGUGGGCAUGCAUGACAAGAAGCCCGUGGGGCCCGGCCCCGGCCCGCCCGCCGGCUCGGCCCUGCCUCAGCCCAGCCUCCACCCCCCGGCAGCCCAGUACACACCCAUGCUGCCUGCCACGUACCAGCCCCAGCCGGACAGUGUCUACCUGGUGCCCACCCCCAGCAAGACUCAGCAAGGCCUCUACCAAGCCCCUGGGCCCAGCCCACAGUUCCAGUCUCCCCCGGCCAAACAGACAGCCACGUUCUCCAAGCAGAUGCCCCAUCACCCGUUUCCCAGCCCAGCCCCAGACCUUUACCAGGUGCCCCCGGGGCCUGGCAGCCCUGCCCAGGACAUCUACCAGGUGCCGCCUUCCGCUGGGAUAGGACACGACAUCUACCAGGUCCCCCCAUCCAUGGAUGCACGGAGCUGGGAGGGGGCGAAGCCACCAGCCAAGGUGGCGGUGUCCACCCGCGUGGGGCAAGGCUAUGUGUUCGAGGCCCCCCAGCCCGAGCAGGACGAGUACGACAUCCCACGCCACCUGCUGGCCCCGGGGCCCCAGGACAUCUACGACGUGCCCCCUGUUCGGGGGCUGCUUCCCAGCCAGUACGGCCAGGAGGUAUAUGACACGCCCCCCAUGGCUGUCAAGGGUCCCAAUGGCCGGGACCCAUCGCUGGACGUGUAUGAUGUGCCCCCCAGUGUGGAGAAGGGCCUGCCGCCAUCCAACCAUCAUGCGGUGUACGAUGUUCCUCCAUCGGUGAGCAAAGACGUGCCCGACGGCCCACUGCUGCGUGAGGAGACCUAUGACGUGCCCCCCGCCUUCGCCAAGGCCAAGCCCUUUGACCCGACCCGCCACCCGCUGGUGCUCGCCGCACCCCCUCCGGACUCGCCACCAGCUGAGGACGUGUACGACGUGCCGCCCCCGGCUCCUGACCUCUACGACGUGCCCCCCGGUUUGCGGCGGCCUGGCCCGGGCACCCUCUACGACGUGCCCCGAGAGCGGGUCCUUCCUCCCGAGGCAGCCAACGGCAGCGUGGCCGACGACGGUGUAUACGCGGUGCCCCCCCCCGCCGAGCGAGAGGCCCCGGCCGACGCCAAGCGCCUGUCGGCCUCCAGCACGGGCAGCACACGCAGCAGCCAGUCGGCCUCCUCCCUGGAGGCGGCGGUGCCGGGCCGUGAGCCCCUGGAGCUGGAGGUGGCCGUGGAGGCCCUGGCACGGCUGCAGCAGGGCGUGAGCGCCACCGUGGCCCACCUCUUGGACCUGGCGGGCAGUGCGGGUGGGUGUGGGGGCUGGCGCAGCACCUCCGAGCCUCAGGAGCCUCCGGCACAGGACCUGCGGGCUGCCGUGGCCGCCGUCCACGGGGCCGUCCACGAGCUGCUGGAGUUUGCCCGCAGCGCCGUGGGCAAUGCCGCCCACACUUCCGACCGCACGCUGCACGCCAAGCUUAGCCGGCAACUGCAGAAGAUGGAGGACGUGUACCAGACGCUGGUGGCCCACGGUCAGACCCUUGACAGUACGGGAGGCCUGGGGGCCACUCCCGAAGCGGACCGCCUGGUGGCCUGCUCGCGGGCUGUGCCCGAGGAUGUCAAGCAGCUGGCCUCCUUCUUGCAUGGCAACGCCUCGCUGCUCUUCAGACGGACCAAAGCCUCUGUCCCAGGGCCUGAGGGGGGUGGCCCCCUGCACCCCAACCCCACCGACAAGGCCAGCAGCAUCCAGUCCCGGCCCCUGCCCUCACCCCCCAGGUUCACCUCCCAGGACUCGCCUGAUGGGCAGUACGAGAACAGUGAGGGGGGCUGGAUGGAGGAUUACGACUACGUCCACCUGCAGGGGAAGGAAGAGUUUGAGAAGACCCAGAAGGAGUUGCUGGAAAAGGGCAACAUAAUGCGGCAGGGGAAGGGCCAGCUGGAGCUGCAGCAGCUGAAGCAGUUUGAACGGCUGGAGCAGGAGGUGUCACGGCCCAUAGACCACGACCUGGCCAACUGGAUGCCAGCCCAGCCCCUGGCCCCGGGGCGGACGGGCGGCUUGGGGCCCUCGGACCGGCAACUGCUGCUCUUCUACCUGGAGCAGUGCGAGGCGAACCUGACCACGCUCACCAACGCGGUGGAUGCCUUCUUCACCGCCGUGGCCACCAACCAGCCCCCCAAAAUCUUCGUGGCACACAGCAAGUUUGUCAUCCUCAGCGCCCACAAGCUGGUAUUCAUCGGGGACACACUGUCACGGCAGGCGAAGGCGGCCGACGUCCGCAGCCAGGUGACCCACUACAGCAACCUGCUGUGUGACCUGCUGCGCGGCAUCGUGGCCACCACCAAGGCCGCUGCCCUCCAGUACCCGUCGCCUGCCGCCGCCCAGGACAUGGUGGACAGGGUCAAGGAGCUGGGCCACAGCACCCAGCAGUUCCGCCGGGUCCUGGGCCAGCUGGCAGCUGCCUGAGAGCCGUCAGCCAGAGGGACGGAGGGCAGGGGAGGAGGGUGGCAAUGGGCCCCAGAGAGCCACCGUGCCGCGGGCGUGGGGACAGGCGACCCCAGCUCCACCCGGGCCUGGUGCCCCAGACUGUACAGGGAUUUGUGUAUAUUUAUGGCGGGGCAGGAUGUGGGACGGUGCCUCCUUAAAGGAGCCCAAGCAGAGCUGGGCCCCGGAGCCCAGGCCAGGAGUGGCUGGCCGUCUUUCCUGAGCGUGCUGAGGGCCCAGGAGGGCCCAACAUUCGGGGCCGGGCGGGGGGCUCGCAGACCGCUUGACCCACGUAGCCUCAGGUGACCCCUCGGGCUGACCAGCCCCAUGAGGGUGCCGUGUCCCCCUGGCAGGGCAAGCGUGGCUGUGGUGUAUUCUCUCUGCACCAGGAGAAAACCCUAAAAAACUAUUUUUCAUUAUUGAUUUUCCAAUCAUUUGACUAAUAGUCUACAUUUAAAUAAAAUUUAAAAAAUGAAAAGCAUUCUCCUGAGGUGUGAGAGGCAAGAGGACCUGUGAGUGGGAGGGCAGGUGUUUGCCACUCUGGAUGCCACAGGUGGAGUCACGGGUUGAAGAGAUCUGUGGUGAGGCUGUGGGCAGCGCCUCGGGAGGGUGAGGAGAAGGUGGGUCCCUUCAGAAGAAAACGAAGGCUUGGGGAAGCGGGGCUGGGCCAGGAGCUGAGGUGGGGGAGCCUGGGCAGCUGGAGGGAGGCUGAAGAGCAGCCGUCAGAAUCCAGGGCCUGAGGCCAGAAAGGCUCAGCGUGAGUGCAGUGGCCAAGGGCGCAGCCGCUGCUGAGGUUUGGUGAAAAUCCAGCAUGGUCCCUGGGCAGGCGGCCGAGGCGAAGGCAGAUGCAGGGUGAUGUGCGGGGGGGAGCAGCUCCUGGAGCUGCUCCAGGGCCCCUGCAUCCCAAGGCAGAGAGCGCCCCGCUAGGGGCACCGCUGGGAGAUACACUAUUCCACGGAGAGAAACUUGCUUUCACAGGCCUUAUCCAGAACUUAGCUCUUAGAAAGCAGCUCUUAACUUCAGCUUGUGGAACUUCUCCACAAGUGUCCCCUUUGAAUUACACAUGGACUUGGACUCCCAGUUGGGAGGUAGGAGACAAGAGGGUCCCUCACCCUGGGUCAGGGGCCCCCUUCCCGGAAGUCUGGGGUAUGUCUGGCAGCCCAAGUAAGGUGAGAGCUCUGGGGACCAGUGGUCCUGCUCCCAGCUCUCGCCAUUCUGCCUGUGAACUUGAGUCUCAUUUCCCCCGUCUCUGUGAAGAAGGGAGUAGGGCUGGGUAUCUGCCAGCUCUCUCAGCUCUGAGCUCCAGAGGGGACCUCAGUGAAGGCAGCCAUCCUCCCGCCCCGGCGAAGGCACAGAAGUGAAGAUGCAAGCAGUUUUAUU